GGAUAUCCCGCCCUGAAAGAACGCGUGCGUGACAAAGGCUUCAGCUCUAAUGACACCGGUGCAAUGGAGACUGGUUGACGCUGAAAACGUUGCGCUUAUGAUGUGCAUGGAAAUUCUACAGCAAUCUUGCAAGCAUUUCAGUCGGCGGUGACCUUGGCGUGAAGCGUGGGGUUGAGAGCUUCGAUGGAGCGUUCACAAUUCUGGAGCAGAAGGGGCUUCAACGUGACGCGAAUGAACAAACUUCAAGCACAGAAGAAGGCUAAGGACGACCGAAGAACCAGUGAUGGCUGCUUUGUCCCCUAGCGCCACCAUUUGCUUCCGGAUUGAGUCAUGCGAUGGAAACGCAGUGUCUUCUCUUAAAAGCCGGUCAAGGUAAGUCACACUCGUUGCCGAACACAUGCACCCUUGACAUUCAAGAUUGCGUACUGCACUGAAACAUACGGUAUGUUGCUUGUUCAAAACCUAACCGGUCUUUACUUCUUUUCUGCCUUUUGUGCAAGAGGCAGCAACUUAACUUGUGGAUUGCCCUCUUACGCAAGUUCUAUCCUACUCUAUGUUUGUCCCCAGAAAGGCCCGCCCAAGGUUUCAGCCUUCCAACGUUGUAUGAUGACCAAGCACCCGUGGAUAUUGUGGUUCUUCUCGGUCCACAUGGCAGCAGGGCUCUUCACGCUCAAGUCAUCAAGCAUGCAGAAACCAUGCAACGGCAGUUUGCCAUCGACAAUGUCCCCGUGGAUGCACCAGGACCUAUCAGGGUCUGUUCCUCGGACUCUCACCCGCUGCCCUGAGCAGUUUCACGGUUGUUCGCAAGAGCUUAUCAGCUGCAGCUUGGGCACGUACGUGGUAACGUGCUCCUGCGAACUCAACUGCAGGGCCUACGGUGACUGCUGCUGGAACGUCACCUUUCCCACAACUCCAGUGGCACAGAUGCCUAGGGCUGCGUGCAUCGAAGUACAAGUCUCGCCGACGGCGAAAAUUCACGUUAACAUGGUCACUGGUUGCGCGGGAACCUGGCCUAACGACGACGUGCGAGAUGCGUGCGAAAGACCGGAGUCCUUUACGGAUAUAUUUUACAUCAUUCCGGCCACAAGCGCCACUGGUGUCACAUACCGGAAUGGUUUCUGCGCCAAGUGUAACAACGACAUCGCAAAUACGACCUUCUGGAGUGUAGUCGAGCACAGACAAGAUCGAGGCGUCCACAUCCUUCCUCCAAGAGUCGCCCAAAGUCAUGCAUCGCUUCACCUGAGGCCAUGUAACCAAGACGUGACUAUCCACACAUGCUGGGAGAACAUUUCCGAGGUCGUGUCCCUGAAGUGCAAGAUGUACUACGCACCAGUCCGGGACGCUAGCAUUCCAGGCUCACCAGCUUUCAAGAACGUCUACUGUGCCUUGUGCAACGGAGUAAACAUGUCGCGCUUGUCCUGUAGCCCGACCGUCUAUCUCCCCAUGGCUCUACCCCAAGGCGUACAUACAUCUCAGCUAAACAGCUCGGUAAACCGAGUGAUGAGGACACCUGCAUGUUACGCGCAUCACGAUGGCCGCUGCUACAUCAGGCGCAUUCGGGACGUCUCAAAAAGACAUCAUAGCUCCAGGGUGCAAGACGACAUCGCAGACGGCAAGGAGAAUUCUACGAAACUAGAUUUUCCAAGCAGGUACAGGUCGGAGGGGCCAAGCAAAUACGGUCUGCAGCACUACAUCGCGUUUAUCUGCAUAUCUCUCUCGAUAUAUUUCCUCAUCCUGAAGCUUAUAGUGUUCUGUGUCUACAAGGAGGCCCGCAGCUCUUCGUCCGCUUGCAGGACGUGCAUGGCAGUGACGCUGCUAGUCGCUCAAGUGCUCUUCCUCGUCACAAAGUGCGUGAAACUUGAGGAGUGCGUUUGCUUCGCCGGCGCGGUGUUUGCUCAUUACAGCUUUCUGAGUACGUUCUUGUGGACGGGCGUGCUGUCCUAUGACAUCUGGAAAAGCCUGACCACCAUCAAGGUGUCCUCGACCAGCAGGAACAAACUGGCCUUGUACUCUCUUUUCUCCUGGGGUGUGCCCCUGCUGGUCGUCAGCGUAGCUUUGACCGUGGAUCAGACGGCUCCUCAGUCGGUGCUAUCUCCCAGGUACGGCGACCCAAUCUGCUUCAUCGGCUCCUUCUGGGGCUUAGUGGUCUAUUUCCUCCUGCCCAUGGCGUCGCUAGUGCUGUUCUGCCUCGUUCUAUACUUCUACACUGUGUGCUACAUUCGCUCGACGUCUGCUGCAGCGGAGCGCGUGGGUGACGAUUCAAAGCCCCGACGUGGAGACAAUAGUCAACAACGAACCAACCUUGCACUCUUCGUUCGCCUGGCCAUCAUCAUGGGCGCGCCCUGGGCCGUCGCCCUUGCGGGAUUUUUUGUCCACAGCGUAAUCAUCGAAUCCAUCGUGAAUGCUUUGGUUGGUUCCCAAGGGGUCUACCUGUUCUUCGUCUUCAAGGACUACCGCCAUAUUUGGUUGUCUUUUCGUAAGCGAAUAGCGAAGACAGCUCCCAGAACGAGUUCGUCAAUGUUUGUUUGACACGCUGCCCAGUCAGAGGGAUUUACUACAGAGUAACAGCGUACUUGAAAGACUUCAACAGCACCUGUGUUUUAUAUAGUUCUUAAGAGCUAA